AUGCCAGAACAGGCAGCCGUCCCCGACCAAGAAGCCUCCCCGCCCGAUGCCGCAGAGAAGGGCAACGUUGAGCAAUUGACUGCCACCGAAAGCCUCGUGGCAGAAGAACCACCGCAUGCCCACGCGGCUACGUCCGAGGACCCCGCGAUCACUCCCAUUAUAGCCGCAUCCUCCCAUCCGCCCGAAGUCGCCUCCAACGUAAAGGGCGUGUCUGCAGACAUCUCGCUCGACCGUGGCCCCCCCCUCGACGUUGACGUCUCCUCCGACCCGGAUCACGCGCGCGCAUCCCAGCCGCUCCCGGGGCCACAUCGCCUUCCGGACAUCGAUCGCGACCCCGACGCGAUCCCGGCCAAGGAGGACGCCAUCGAUGUCGACGGGAUGGAGGAUAGCUUCGACGAGGCCGACGACGAUGACGUGGCCGACGUUGUCGACGAAGACAUCGAUGAGGACGAGGCGACCAGCGCGAGUGAACACGAGGAUGGGAAGAGGAGAGAUGCAAUUGAUUUAACGGAAAGUGUCGAGGGAACCCCGCCGGCGAAGAGACGCGACAUGGGGGAUGUGGAGGAGCACUCCGAGGUGGAAGAGGAGGUGCACGAGGAGGACAGUGAGCACGAGGAUGCCGAAGAGCAUGAGGACGGCUUGCACACCCCGUCAGAUGGGGGGCACGGCGAGGAUGACGCCGCUAGCUCGUAUGCGGACGCCGCGGAUGUGGCAGAGGGGGAGGUUGACAUUGACGAGCAUGAGGCAGACAAGGCUAGCGGUGAGGGCGAAGACCCCGCAGAAGCUGAUGCUGAUGCUGAUGCUGAUGCUGAUGCUGAUGCUGAUGUUGAUGCUGAUGCUGAUGCUGAUGCUGAUGUUGAUGCUGAUGCUGAUGCUGAUGCUGAUGCUGAUGUUGAUGCUGAUGCUGAUGCUGAUGCUGAUGCUGAUGCUGAUGCUGAUGCUGAUGCUGAUGCUGAGGCAGAUAAUGAUGCACAGAGCAAUCUCUUCAGCAAUCAAGCCGCAGUACAAGCUGAAUUUGAAGUGGAAACCGCUGUUCAAUCUGAUUCCGUUGAUGAACUUGCAAAGACCGCCGUGGAUACCGGCGCAAAAGAAGAGCGUCUGUUAAGAAUUGCGGCUGAUGGCGGCGCCGCGAAAGAACCACGUGAGGACGACAUCGCAGAGGGAAAAUCGAAGCCAGAGAUACGCGCAAUUAUCGAAGCAAAAACAGUGCCGGGAAUUGCGAUGGAUUCGGGCGUUGAAAAGGAAGCACAUGAGGAUGACGCCCGAGAAAGGGAAUUGGAAAUGAUAGUUGAGAUUUCGGAGGACGAAACUGCAAAGCAACGGAGUGAAAGGUUCGAUGACAGCGUGCACAAAGACGAGGAGCACGAGGACAUGCAAGAAAGCCCCGCAAAGCCUUCUUCUCCCGUUGCACCCGGCCCCGAUGACGACGCAAUGUCAGAGGAACAUGAGGAAGGAGACGAGAUUUCAGAAGAAGAUCCUGAUAUGAUGGUAGACGGGGCUACAGAGUCCGAAGCACCGAAGAGCGGCGAUCAAACCCCUCAGAGCAUCGCAGAGAUGGACGCUGUGCCAAGCCAGGUUUUUCCUUCUACGGCUGCGCUAGCGGGGGAUAACCACGUCGCAGAAAUUCCAGUGCACCCCAAGGAGACAAGCGUGGUAACAUCUCUACCAAGCUACGCCGUUGAGAAGGAAUCUCAUACUGAUAUGAUGGAAGAAGAUGGGCAGAAGAAAGAUCCUGCCAAUGGUGAUGAUGCUGAUGUUCAGAUGACGAAAGAAUCAGAGGACCAACCGGAUGUGCAAGUUGAGGAACUGAAGACUGUACCUAAGGCGAUAGUCCCUAUUGUUCGUUCACAGACAACGACUGGCGAUGCUACCGCGAGUCCAGAUAUUCCGAUGACAUCCAACGAGGAUGUCCGAACAGGGGGCGAUACCGAAGGAGGUAUGCAAGACGCGUCAGAAGGUCCAGAUGUCGUCGAGCCAAGCGUGGAUCCGACGAAGGGUGGGGACACGUCAACAAUCGAGGAAGCAAUAACGACGGAAGCUGACAGUGAUCUCAAUGGGCAGCCCAAGGCUGUCUUUUCGAUCCCAGAAUCCUCAGUAGAACUUUCGCAAGUGUCUAAACAGACCAACCAAACUGGUGCAACAACUAUUGUGCCAGUUAAAUUUCCGGGACCAAAUGCUCCCACAUUCGCAAGCCCUAAAGUCGAAGCCGAUACAAGUGCCAAAACCCCAGCUGACCUUUCUCAAGGCACAGGAAAUAGUGCAGCUGUUCAGGAAAAAGCGACAGUAUUUCCUGCCCCCAGCGAGCCACAAGUAGCAAUAGCUGAAAAGAUUUUGGAUUCUGAACAGAAAGCGGCCGAUACUAAAUCCGACGAGCAGGCUGCUCUUAGUGUGCCGCUCGUGAAACCUGAAUCAAAACCAGCAACGACGGUCCCUGGCCAAGCAACGGGUCCGGAAAUCAACGCGACAGCGACCAUCCCUCCCGACCUUAAAACCAUCACCCCGACAGUGAAAAGUAUGGAAAAGAAUUCAUCUCCGUUUCAUGCUUCGAAGUCACUCUCCAGUUCUUCGACUUUCACGACCCCACUGUUUGGCAUCCAGCCACCGAACCGGACUGGGCCAGUUUCGUUUUCGUCACCCCCAAGUUUUCAUCAAUCGAAUCUCAGUCCGACUGCAACUCCGUUUGUUCCGGCUACGCUUGAUGCAAGCAAGGCCCCGCCUGCUCCCGUUGAUCCACCCAGUCUCGGAACUGUCAAAGUGCCACAAAAGCCGGAACAAUCUACCGUUGCGCAAGUCAAGGUCCCGCCUCAAGACGUCGCCAUGGCCGACGUCGUUCCUAAGCCUAAGGGUCAGGCUCCUGUAGACAAAUCAAGCCAAGAAGCAAAUAAGACCUUGGCACCCACACAAAUGAAAGGUGUAUCUCAAGCGAAAAUGCCAAAGCCUGCUGUCAAGCCUGUGUUGAAGAGGCAAGCCGAUGCUCAGCAGACAUUGCGCCGUGUUCCCAUCGAGGGAACAAGCGGAGGGAUGUCGUACACCGUCGAUAACGUCAUGAUAAUUGUAAGGGAAGGCACAUCGAAGCCAGUCCGUCGCUUUACGUUUUGUACAGUUGAAGCAAAGAUCAGGCCAGAUGGGGAAUCGACUCUGGAGUUUUUUGAAGGUCGCGAUGGUUCCAAGAGUUCUCUUGCAGAGCUUUCCUCAAAGAAAAAUCGCGUCAGAAUCAAAAAGGUGGUGAACAAACCAUUCGUGUUUUCGGUCACGGUUUUGGGUCCGUCUGGACAGGAAAAAGGUAGCGAUGUGGCAAAAUACUUCAUCCAUCUACAAAAACAUACUUUUGAUGUGUUUUAUGACGCAUGUAUGAUGUACAUCCUGGAUGUAGUGAAAGAGAAACCCCGGCCGAAGACGGUAAGGUUUCAAGAGCCAACCCUACACCAGAAGACGGCUGCCGCUGCACCAAAACCGAACCCUACAGCUGCGAAUCCAAAUAACAAAGCUGGAGUGGCAGCUAAUCCUAAAAUCGUACCCUUAGAUCAACGAAAGCUUCUUCUGUUAAAGAUGGAAGCUUUGAAAAAGAAAAAAACCGGAAGAGGCUCGGAAGGAUCCCCAUCGCGUAAUGUGAAGUCUGAGAGUUCUGGGAAACGUACUACAUCCAAGCCGAUUAGCACGCCCGGGCGCAUGAAGAUCAACCUUAGUACUGGUAUUGCGGACAAGCAAGCGUCGAGCGCUCAGAAGCAAACAGCUCACAAAAAGACGGCCACAGUUGCCGAGCACAAGAUCGGGGACGUACAGGCAUCCCAAGGAACUGUCGGGCACGGCAUGCAACAACACAAUGUGAAACUGCAGCUGCUGGCACCCACUACAAGACCUGUUCCCUCGAGCCCGAAAAAGAGGCCUGCCUUCCGCUUAGAAGAACGAGGAGAGAGCUCCAUGAAGAAAGCAAGGCUGGCCGUCCCGAAAAAAAGGCCCGUGGCUGGAGCACAUGCCGAGGGGAGCGUGCAGUGGAAGCAGUUUCAACCCCAGUCUAGUCUGAAACGUACGCCACAGCCCCUGAUGAACACCACCUUGGGGGCUAGCAAGAUGAAGGCGUUGCAAGUACCGGGUGCAUCGACACGGCCUGCCGUGGCGACCUCCAAACCGAUUUCCGUUGUGAUGCAACCAGCCCCUGCCAUGACCGGCAGCGUGAAUAUUUCGUUAGAGGAAAAGGAGGCCUUCGAGCUAGAUGGGAAGCGCUUGACGGACGUACUCGCCGCGAUCAAGUCUGCCGUGAAAUCUGCUGGAAUUGGCGAGGCCCACAAGCCAGCAUCCCUCUCGCGGUGCGAGCCGAAAAAUGUGUCAGACUUUUUCGACAGACUGCACACGUUCCGGCCGUCGACGUGGCGCGGAUUUGCUCGCGGACACGCGUUGAGUCCAGUGGAAUGUGCAAGACACGGGUGGCACAAUAGUGGCAUUGACGAGCUGACUUCGAGCGAGGGCUCUGUAAUUACCACCAAGUUUGAGACCUGUUUUGACUCGGCAUCGAUGAAAGCAGAGAUAGAGCGCGUGCGAAAACUCGUCGUCGGAGGGGGGCACCGGUUGUUGUCCGGGUGGAUCGGCGAAAGCUCCCCCUUUGAAUUUGAAUCGUUGGAAGGAAGCAAGCGGACAUGCAACGCGGCGCAGCUCAAAACAAAUGCCAAGCAGCUGGAAAGCACACGUGUGGUUGAAAUUCUAGCCAACAGGGACUCUGACUCAGGUCUUUCGUCGAAGGAUCUCUCGGCUGCCGACAAGUAUGGGCGACUAGCGUGCUACAACUGGAAGGCACGAGGCAGCGAGGAGGAUCUGGAUUUGUACUGCGAUUGGUGUGGGCGCAGCGUGUUGCUCACGCCGGAGGACAUGGUCCGAAGCGGGGGGAAGGGGUGCGUUGAGUUUGACGUAGCGACGAGCCAUUAUGUUUUCUGCCCGUUCAGGGGGGAGGAGGGGAAGAGGAACGCGGAGGUGAUGCGCAUGAGCCUAGCCGUGGCAGUGGAUGGGGUCAAAGCGGUUGGGGAUGUGGAGAUGGGUGAUACUUGAAUGGCGGCGGCGGGGUGAAGCCCAAAGAGCUUCGUGCCUUGGCGAAAGAGUGGGGACACUAGCAGCAAAGGUUGGUCGGUGGUCGCCACCGCGUGCUGCGCGGGUAGGGGGUAGGAGCGGAAACUUCGAGAUAACAAUAAUACAGUAAACGAAUACGACCACUGCGUGCAAUAGCAAGCGAGAAGAA